UCCUCCUCGCCGGCCCCGUCGGCCCCUCCCCCGUGCGCCACCCCGCCCCGCCGCUCUCCGCUCCACACCGGCGGCACCGGCGGCACCAUGGGGGCACCGGGGGGCUCCGCGCUCCUGGCGCUGCUCCUGCUGGGCGCCGCCGCUGCGGCGCGCCCGGGGCUGCAAGUCAUUGACCUGCUGCUGGUGAGCGAGGUGCGGCAGAUGGCCAGCGUGGCCCACAAGAUCCGCAUGGAGCUCCUGACCGUCAACGACGUGUACCUCCUGUCCACCUUCCGCCUGCCCCCCAAGCAGGGGGGGACCCUCUUCGGCCUCUACUCCAAGAAGGACAACACGCGGUGGCUGGAGGUCUCGGUCGUGGGGAAGAUCAACAAAGUCCUGGUGCGGUACCUGCGGGAGGACAACAAGGUGCACUCGGUCAACCUGCAGCACGCGCACGUGGCGGACGGGCAGAGCCACUCCAUCAUCGUGCGCCUGAGCGGGCUGCGCAGGGACACGCUGAGCGUGGAGCUCUACGUCGACUGCAAGCAGAUGGACUCCAGCGUGGGGCUGCCCGAGCUGUCCGAGAUCCCCCUGGCCGAGGUGGAGGCCAUCGAGGUGCGCACGGGGCAGAAGGCCUACCAGAGGAUGCAGGGGUUCGUGGAGUCCAUGAAGCUGAUCUUGGGCGGGUCCAUGAGCCGUGUGGGGGCUCUGAGUGAGUGCCCUUUCCAAGGAGAUGAGUCCAUUCACAGUGCAGUGACGAGUGUGCUGGCCUCCAUCCUGGGUGAGCAGACCAAGGCGCUGGUCACGCAGCUGACCCUCUUCAACCGGGUCCUGUCGGAGCUGCGGGAAGACAUUAGGGACCAGGUGAAGGAGAUGUCUCUGAUCCGCAACACCAUCAUGGAGUGCCAGGUCUGCGGUGAGUGCUGGCAAGGCUCUGCCCCCACCUCAGGGGGGCACAAAGGGUCGCCUUGUCUCACCCCUCAUCUGCCUGUCCUCCCCUUAGGCUUCCAUGAGCACCGGUCCCGCUGCAACCCCAACCCCUGCUUCAGCGGGGUGGACUGCAUGGAGACGUACGAGUACCCCGGGUACCGCUGCGGGCCCUGCCCACCGGGGCUGGAGGGCAACGGCACGCACUGCGCCGACAUCGAGGAGUGUGCCCAUGCCAACCCCUGCUUCCCUGGCUCCAAGUGCAUCAACACGUCCCCCGGGUUCCGCUGUGAGCCUUGUCCCCGAGGCUAUCGAGGCAACACCGUCUCUGGUGUGGGGGUGGACUAUGCCAAGGCCAGCAAGCAGGUUUGCACGGAUAUUGAUGAAUGCAACGAUGGGAACAACGGGGGCUGCGACCCCAACUCCAUCUGCACCAACACGCUGGGCUCCUUCAAGUGUGGUCCCUGCAAGUCGGGCUUUGUGGGGAACCAAACGUCAGGCUGCAUCCCCCAAAAGUCCUGCAGCACCACCACCACCAACCCCUGCGACAUCAACGGCUUCUGCUUGUUCGAGAGAAACGGGGAGAUCUCCUGUGCGGUGAGUGGGGGACAGGGCUGGGAGGGGGUACGGGGGUUAUGGCAGGGGCAGCAUUGGUCCUGCCAGGGCCCUUCCCAGCCCCUGAUCUCUUUUCUUCAGUGCAAUGUGGGCUGGGCUGGCAAUGGCAACGUGUGCGGGCCAGACACGGACCUGGACGGUUACCCCGACGAGCCCCUGCCCUGCAUUGACAACAACAAGCACUGCAAGCAGGUGGGCUCCUGGAGGGGGCCCAGGGGGUGUGGGGUGCAGGGGCCACAGCAGAGCUGUGCUCCAGACCUCAUCUCCUCCCCUUGCCUGCAGGACAACUGCCGCCUGACGCCCAAUUCCGGGCAGGAGGAUGCCGACAACGACGGCAUUGGGGACCAGUGUGAUGAUGACGCUGAUGGCGAUGGCGUCAAGAACGUGGAGGACAACUGCCGGCUCUUCCCCAACAAAGACCAGCAGAACUCGGACACCGACUCCUUUGGGGAUGCCUGUGACAACUGCCCCAACGUGCCCAACAACGACCAGCGGGACACGGACAGCAACGGCGAGGGGGACGCUUGUGACAACGACAUCGAUGGGGACGGGAUUCCCAACAUGCUGGAUAACUGCCCCAAGGUGCCCAACCCUCUGCAGACGGACCGGGAUGAGGAUGGUGUUGGGGACGCCUGUGACAGUUGCCCUGAAAUGAGCAACCCCACUCAGACAGAUAUGGACAGCGACCUGGUAGGAGACAUCUGUGACACCAAUGAGGACAGCGACGGGGAUGGGCAUCAGGACACCAAGGACAACUGCGCCGAGAUCCCCAACAGCUCCCAGCUGGACUCGGACAAUGAUGGGCUGGGGGAUGACUGUGACAAUGAUGAUGACAACGAUGGCAUCCCGGACUACGUGCCACCUGGCCCAGACAACUGCCGCCUCAUUCCCAACCCCAACCAGAAGGACUCGGACGGGAAUGGAGUGGGUGAUGUCUGCGAGGAGGACUUUGACAAUGACACCGUGGUGGACCAGCUGGACGUGUGUCCCGAGAGCGCCGAGGUGACGCUCACCGACUUCCGCGCCUACCAGACUGUCAUCCUCGACCCCGAGGGGGAUGCCCAGAUCGACCCCAACUGGGUUGUCCUCAACCAGGGCAUGGAGAUCGUGCAGACCAUGAACAGCGACCCGGGCUUGGCUGUGGGCUACACGGCCUUCAACGGGGUGGACUUCGAGGGCACCUUCCACGUCAACACCGUUACCGAUGAUGACUACGCCGGCUUCAUCUUCAGCUACCAGGACAGCGCCAGCUUCUACGUGGUGAUGUGGAAGCAGACGGAGCAGACGUACUGGCAGGCCACCCCUUUCCGUGCCGUGGCCGAGCCAGGGCUGCAGCUCAAGGCAGUGAAGUCCUCGACGGGCCCCGGGGAGCACCUGCGCAACGCGCUGUGGCACACGGGGCACACGCCCGACCACGUCCGCCUGCUCUGGAAGGACCCCCGGAACGUCGGCUGGAGGGACAAGACGUCCUACCGCUGGCAGCUGGCACACAGGCCCCAGGUGGGCUACAUCAGGGUCCGUCUGUACGAGGGCCCGCGGCUGGUGGCCGACUCCGGGGUGAUCAUCGACACCACGAUGCGCGGGGGGCGGCUGGGGGUCUUCUGCUUCUCCCAGGAGAACAUCAUCUGGUCCAACCUGCAGUACCGCUGCAACGACACGAUCCCCGCCGACUUCGAGCCCUUCCGCCGAUUCCUGCUGGAGGGACGCGAGUGACCGCGCCCGGCCCGGGCCUCCCCCGCCAGCGGCACCCGGGGGCGCCCCGGGCCCCGCCGCCCCUCCCGGCCGGGCCCCGCUCCCGGCCCCCCGCGGACUUUGCACUGCCGGUACCGGGACCCCGCGGUGCCGGGGCUUCCUCCGCGCCUGCCCCGGGCGCUCCGGUCCCUGCCCCACGCCUGGCCAUAAAGUUUUGAGUGUUUUCUA